AUACCUUUUUGGAGUGCUAUACAACAUUGAGAAACAUUCCUCAUCCAAUCAGAUGAAACCUUAUAAUUUAUCCGUUUGUAUAGCCCCAAGCGUUCUUUACCCACCUGAUUCCGGCAGCUUGGAAUUGGAAGACAACUUGAUAAGAAAGAUUUGUCUUGUACAAUUUCUCAUUGAAAAUUGCCUCAGGAUAUUUGGAGAAGACAUCAUUUCCCUCUUGGACGAGAACUCAAUGAGUCUUGGUAACAGCGAGAAGGCUGCAGACUCCGGCCGUAAGACUGUGACAAGCCGUUCUCUCAGUGACAGGGCCUUUUGUCAGAGUUCCAGCACUUGUCAGCACAACCAGUGCACAGCCCCACCUUCCGCAAAGCCAGGACAGCUCUUUGGAGUUCCCCUCAUGGAUGUGUGUGAUAAAGACAACUUGCCCUUCCCAAUUCUGGUAGGUCAUCUCCUUUUGGACUUCUAGAGCCCUCCUGAGGUGGGGAAACUCUGAGAGGCCACGUGUCCUCAUCCAAAUCUAUCCCCAAAUGGAGAAGUCAUUAGACAGCCCCUGGCUUGGGCUGAGAAGCUCUGUUACUGUUAUUUCAAGGAACAGAAUCUGACUUAGGUCCAGCAGAGUCAUGAGGCAAAUACAACAGGAAAAGACAUUCUUGUCCAUUCCACUUGGGUCUUGUUUCCGCAAAGACCCACCGAGGCCUGUUCAGAUCAGUCAAAAUGACUCUGUGUAUGUGAGUCUCUGAGAGUCCACCUCAUCUUCACACUCUCCCUUCAUUGCCUUCCUGCACUCACAUGAGUCUCAAGUCUCCUUCAACGGAGUCUACUCAGUCUAACAACUGCAAACAUCUGACACGAACAUAGACUCAUCCUCUGGCAAAUAGGAAUCUGUUAAUCCUAACAGAAUAUGUCAAAUGAAAGCCACAGAGUUUGGCCUGUGUUAUCUCAAACUGCUGUAGUGAAUUGUCAGUGUGGACCUUCACUGAGUAUUCAGUGUCUCUGCAAGCACUGUACGGGAUGUAGGGAACAUUCUCCUAGCUAUGAAGAAAUGUAUCAUAUUAGCUACUUUGUUACCUGCUAGCCACUACCGCAGGUCCUUGCAUCACAGCAAAUUUAGGGGCUAGCUAGGAUUAUCAUCCUCCACACUUGCUAACCGAAUCAGAAAAGCCUCAGUACAGGAUGUAUGUGCCCCAGCUCACACAAUAGAUAAGUAGCAUAAUAGACUUCAGAUCCAUUGGAUUCCCUGAGUCCAGCCCUUAUUAAGAUUCUACACAGCAGAGAGAGGACAUGAAGAUAGAGCAAAAGACAAUUUAAGACUCAUGAGAAGGGAGGGUAAUCAGAGAAGGACAAGAGAGUUUCUGAGCCUGACUUUAAAAGGGGGAAGGAAAUAGAACAAUUAGGAAAGGAGUAUACAGUCACUUAAAGAGAAAUAAACAAAUGGGAAAUGAGUAUUCCCUAAAUAGACUUCCAUACUUGGGGAAGAGCAUCUACGUAGGGGAAUAAUGAGAAAAGCAUGGUAAAGUAGGAAACAGACGGUGAUUCCGCAAAGGCCUUGAAGCAGAGAAGUUAGAUUUAAGAGUGGAAACUCAAUGGAAAGGAAAAUCUGAUUAAAA